GUAUCCAGGAACAACAGAGACAAGAACAAGCAGGAAAGAAUGUCCAGGUCAAGACCUCGUCUGCGUUCUCAUAGUCGAAGCAGUGAAAGGUCCAGUCACAGAAGAACCCGCAGCCGAUCUCGGGAUAGAGAACGACGUAAAGGCAGAGAUAAAGAAAAAAGAGAAAAGGAAAAGGAUAAAGGCAAGGACAAGGAAUUACACAACAUCAAACGUGGGGAAUCUGGAAACAUCAAAGCUGGAUUAGAACAUCUGCCACCAGCUGAACAGGCCAGAGCCAGACUACAGCUGGUUCUUGAAGCUGCUGCAAAAGCUGAUGAAGCAUUGAAAGCCAAAGAAAGAAAUGAAGAAGAAGCAAAGAGAAGAAAGGAGGAAGAUCAGACCACCCUGGUAGAACAAGUAAAAAGAGUAAAAGAAAUUGAAGCCAUUGAAAGUGAUUCUUUUGUUCAGCAGACAUUCAGAUCAAGUAAAGAAGUCAAAAAGUCAGCGGAACCCAGUGAAGUGAAACAUGCAACUGUAACAUCAGGACCAGUAUCGGUAGCUGCUGAUCUACCCAGCAAUGAAAAAGAAAUAGACCCGAGCAGCAUCCCUACUGCUAUCAAGUACCAAGAUGACAAUUCUCUGGCUCACCCAAAUUUAUUUAUUGAGAAAGCUGAUGCCGAGGAAAGGUGGUUCAAGAGACUGAUUGCCCUUCGACAAGAAAGGCUAAUGGGCAGUCCUGUGGCCUAAACAAUACAUGUGUGAAUUAACAGUGACGUUGGAAAUUUAGGUGUUCAAAUCUCAAUUUAACUUUUUACUCUUAAAAAGAAUUGACCCAAUUAUAUAAAAAGGUAAUCUCAUUUCAUUCAUUUCUCAUGUGGGCUGGAAUAUUUGUUGAUUUGAAGUUAAAUAUUGUGAGUAUAAAACUAAUAUAAAAUUGAGGAAUGCAUGUAAGUGCCCUACUGUGCCCUGGCCGGUUUGGCUCAGCGGUUAGAG